GAUCUCUCCACUAAUUCAUCGUAUGACUACAAGCUUGAUCCUAACUGGGCUGGUCGUUUCUGGUGCUGCCGUGAUGGUGAAGCCAACUGUGAUCAAUAUGGCUCGGCUGUGUUUCUUGCCGAAUUUUUGUUCAAAAGCUACGAAGACAGUGAGUUUUACGAUAUCUCGUUCGUCGACGGUUUCACUAUUCCCAAGAGCAUCGAACCCGAUGGCAAAGACGGCGAUGGUUACAACUGUGGUGCUCCUACCUGUUCGUCUCUUCCAUCGUGUCCCAAGGAACUCCAAAUUAUGAGUGAUGCUUGCCAGAGUGCCUGUGCUGCAUUUGGCACGGACGAAUACUGCUGCACUGGCAACUACAACGAUCCCAAGAAGUGCAAAGGCAGUGAAUAUGCCGACAAGUUCAAGGCUGGUUGCCCCGAUGCUUACAGCUAUGCCUACGAUGAUGCCAAGAAUACCUAUGGUUGCAAGGCCCACAAAUACACGGUUACUUUCUGA